UCUGCGUUCUACCGCCAUUCGAGUGCACGAAACACACGAGAAAAGACGUAAUUUGAAGCAUCACAGCACGAAAAAGGACAAAAACCCAUCGAGUAAUGGCAAAACGUCUCAUUCCGGGCAUGAUCAAGAUCCGCAACGAUCAGGUCUUUACGCAAUUUUCCAAAUCUUAUGAAGAUACGCUGGAUCAAAACAACGUCACGCCAGACGUAAUUCUCAAAAUUGGCAAGGAAAAGUACGAGUAUUAUUGUCAUCGAAUUAUGCUGGCAUCAGCUUCGAAUUUUUUGCGGAUGGUUUUGCGAACUGCGACGCCGGGGACAAUUCCCGUCAUUAUCCUGCCUGAUGUCAAUUACACUGUUGUCGAUUAUGUCCUGAUGUACAUCUAUUACGGCGAAGUGCAAGUGCCCGAAGUAAAAUAUGCGGAUUUUGUCGAGGCAUGCAAACUGAUGGAUCUCAAGGCGCCCAUUGACGAAGUCAUUCAAUUUGUAGAUGACGACGAAGACGAAGAGGAAGAAGAAGAAGACGACGAAUUUAUCGAUUCCUCCGAAUAUGGCGACAUCGAAGCAGGCGAAAUCCAAGAUGUUGAAUUUUUAGACGGCACCGAAAGUCAAAAUUCACAAGAAACCGACACGAAACCAAAAAUACAAAAUCCUCCGUUGCCACAGCCGAAACAUUAUCGCGUAAGUCUCACAGAAAAUAGUCGAAUUGGGCAAUACCAACCGCAGCAACGGAUGCGAAUGAGUAAGGGAGGGUCCAAAUUCGAGACAAAACGAAUCGAUGCGACGCCAAGUGUGAGAAAAAGAGCGCAGGAGUGUCUCGUAUUGAGUGUUCAAAGGGCCUAUAAUUCAUUGGGGAUCGUAAUUUCGGCGAUGAUACAGACGAAAAUCAAGGAAUCGAGAUUGGUAAUUGAAAAUAAUCAGUUGGUGCGAGGCAUAACAUGUUGCGGCAUUUGUAACUUCCAAAUUAACGUCGCUUAUCGGGUCAGUCGAAAUACGGGUUUCAUCGUUUACUCUAAUCAUUCCUUAAAACAGCAUCUUACACGGAAGCAUGUCAAGUAUUUGAACUCUGUCUAAACGAAAAAAAGCAAAAAAAAUUAUUGAAGUGAGAUAUAAUUGUUAAGAUUCUCAUUUUUAUCGUUAUCUCUUCGCGAAAUUAAUUGUAACAUAAAAUAAGAUUUAAUUUUUUUUGAAGAUUACCAACAGAUAAAAUAAAACAUUGAAGAUUUUAAUUUUAAAAACGAUAAUUUGUAAGAAUUUCUAAAAUUUUGAA